GGCUAUUCAAGUUCUUAUGAAGAAAUUUUAAUUAAUGAGUUCAAAGGAGAAAUUAGAUAUUUACAGUUAUUAAAUCUUUUAGAUUGCAAAGAUUAUUCAGUACAAAAAAAGCAUAGAAGUGAGAAUUUUUGUCCAAAAGUAAUAGGAUUCUCAGUAAAUACGAAUAUUAGAUUUAUUUAUGAUUUUGUAGAAGAUGAAAA